AUGAAGUUCUCCGUCGCUGCCGUUCUCGCCGUCGCCGCUGGUGCCUCUGCCUACUCCAACGUUACCGUCACCACCGAGGUCGUUGAUGUCUACACCACCUACUGCCCCGAGGCUACCCAGAUCACCCACGGCACCAAGACCUACACCGUCACCGCUCCCACCACUCUGACCAUCUCUGAGUGCCCCUGCACCAUCACCCGCCCGGUCACGGUCACCUCUUCUGUUAUCUGCCACAACUGCCCCAAGCCCACUGGCGCUCCCCCCGCCCCCGCCCCCAGCUCCAACAACACGGUCCCCGUCAACCCUACCCCCAGCGCCGUCGUCCCUCCCACCGCUGGUGCUGCCAAGGCCGUCCCUGCCCUCGCUGGUCUCGUCGGCCUCGUCGCUGCCCUUCUGUAA